AUGGGAAGAGGUCCUUUCGCUUCUCUUUCAGACAAGAAGAAGGUAAAAACAUUUGAAGUGACCUCUCCAGUAAUUGCAGAAGAGCCCGAGCCUGUCCCGUGUGUGCUGCAAGGAGAUGAAAUCCAAGCGCUUGCCAUCAAGGUGGAGGAUCUGGAGAAACUCCAUCCUCCACGUCUUCCCUCUGAUGAGGAGAGAAUUCCAGUUAGCAGGAAAUUCCUUGUUCGAAAACAACAACCCAAAGACACACAGAAGAAGAGACAACUCCUAGUAGCCUAUCCUGCUAUUCCAGAGGCAUCUGAGAAACCACUGAGUUUUUUUGGAUCAGGACAGUUUGGUGAUGGCUGUGAAGAGCUUCUCCCUCAUCACAUUUUAGGAAGUCUCCAGGAGUUCAAGAGGGAAGCGUUAGCCAGAGGAAACACUCAGAUAGCAGAACUUAUUGAGGAUUCUCCUCAAGAUGUUUUUGCAGUGGCUUUGAAGGAGAAAUGGGGAGGAGAGAAGAAAAAGGUUCAUCAGGCCCCACCAUCUCAGCACAAAGCUCUCCAGAACUGGGAUCGCCAUAUGGGAAUCAGGAAAAAGCAAGGGAAAUACCUGGGAAAAGUGCUGCAGAAGCCAGAGGAUGAGCUGUUGAUGAACAGCUCGGACGAUUACCGGCAAAUCCAGGAAGAGCGUGACCUCAUUGACCGCAGCCUUCCUGCCCUGUUCCCUGGGAAGGGCUACCGCAGAGGGAGCGAGUUCUGGAGCCAACCAGAUCGGAUCGGAGAUGAACUCACCGGCCUGAUGAUGACACUGACCCAGAGGGAACGCGGCUACCCCGAGCCAGUCACUCACGUGGGGAAACCUCAGACCAUCCGCGGGGAAACGGGUUUGAAGUCUCCAAAGAAGGCCGCUUUCCGCCUGACUUGGGAUAAGAGUCUUUUCCUAAAACAUCGACGACAGGAACUAAAAUCCAUCCUAGAAGAGCUGGAUUUUUAUGAACCAGAUUUGGAUGGACUGGAGGUGAUUGGUAAAGGCCAGCCUUUCACCUCGGUCUCAACGCAGCCUCUUCCACAUCCCACCACCUCUGAAGAGUCAGAGAAGCUCAAUGACCCCUUCACAGAGUAUCCCAGUGCGGUUCCAGAAUCAAUCCUGGGUCCAUCCUUAGAUUUCUGUGGCCAGCCUGCUCGUUGGAUCAAUGGUACCACUUCUUGCAAGGAUGAGGUUGGCAUUGCUGCCCGGCUCACCUUUGAGAUUGUGGCUGGUGAAAGAGCUGAGAGCUCCCUGACAGUGAGCAACGACGGCACAGCUGCCAUCUGGUAUAGCUGGAGGAGGCUUCCUCAGCAGAUUCCCAUCCGAGAAACAAAGAAGGGAACACAGUAUUUUUACUUUAAUACCCGACCAGAUGUAAUUUUGCCUGGAGAAACCAGGAAGUUUUUGGUUUUAUUCAAGUCAGAGAAAGCAGGAAUUUUCAGUGAGUCCUGGGAAUUUAGGACACAUCCUCUGUUAUUAGGAGGAGCUCUGCUGCAGGUGUCCUUUUGGGGAAUUGCUGUGUAUGAGGAUAAAUUGGCUGACCUCAGAGAGAAACUGGAGACUGACCUGGCUGCUCGAGAAGGUGCCACUAUAGUAGAAGAGACCCUGAAGGAACUCCUUGACCGGAUUCGGACCCCAGAGCGCCCUCCGUCUCCCGUGGAUGCCUAUGUCACAGAGGAAGACUUAUUCCACGAGAGGAAUCCAGAGUUGCAUUAUCAGCAUCAAGUGGUGAAACAACUCCAUAAACUGUGGAGGCAGCACAUGGCUGUUCCUUCAGCCUUUGAGGAGGAAAUGCCCUCAGGCAAGAAGAGCUCCGUGGAGGACAUGACAUAUGAGAAGAGUAUCUCAGAGGCUCUCCCUGCCCAGAAGAGCUCCACAGAAGAGGUUCUAGGUCAGGACACUCUUGAGGCAACUCCAAGUGAGAUGAUGAAGGAAGAAGAACCAAACCAGUCAGGAUGGAACCUUUCCUUCAAGGACUUUAAGGAGGCUAUACAGUCCAUCCCUGAGGAGGAGCAGCGAGAAGCAGCACUGAUCCAGCUCAAUAAGGCAGCCCUAGAGCUUUGUGUUGAACAGAAGCAAACUCAGUCCGAUCUUCUGUAUCAAACCUGUCUGCAGCUGUGGCGUGAAACAAUCGAUGGUCUGGUAAGCUGCUCUGUAAUGCUGAGGUGCCUGCUUGGCUUGCCUGAGAAGGACCCCUGUGCAGACAUCGUUCCAGAGGAACCAGGAGAAAAGGAAGACAAAAUAACCACUAAGAAAGAAGAGAAGAGAUUAGGUGGUGGUAGGGAUAAAGAAGACAAAAAGAGAUCAAAGCCGUCAGGGAAAGAGAAAGAGGAACGUCCAAACAGCAGAAAGAUAAAAGAUGAGAAAAAGCUAAAAUCUUCCAGUAUAUCCUUGGAUGUGAAAGAGCUACCACAGCCUGCGGAAACUGAACUUGCAGAUAUAGUAGAAGUUCAGCAGGAGCCAGUGGACCCUAUUUUGCUUGGGAAAUACCAGGAAAAGCUUUAUAUUGAAGUUUAUGGGCUGCUGGAUUCAAUGGUGAACAAAAUGGUUAUUUUAUUUGAGGAUCUAAAGGAACAAGGUGCUCUAAAGCAGGAGAGAGGAGUGUUUUCUAUCUAGAAAUAAAUUCUAACCAUCUUUUUAAAGAAAUAAAUACCCUGUCUAUAUGGAUUAAGAGGAGAUUCUUUCUUAUCAAAAUGCUUACAAGUACUGAGGUGCCUCUGCUGACAUGUUGCUACAUCAUCUAUUACCUCUGCAAGGAACACUUACGAGCAAGAAACCAAGCCAUGAGAUACAGCAGCCUUAUAAACAGAACUACAGAAUGCUGGUUAUUUCUCCUGUCCCCAAGGGAUGUGCCACUAUGUUUUCUUUUUACAUGCAUUUAUCCCUUGGGUUGCUCUUCAUGUCUUUCCAUACAGCUCAGUGUAUCCACGUCCUGUUCUAAGACAUAUCGUUCUCCCAAGACUAAUCACUUUUGAAUUAAAAAUAAUGAAAUCAAUGCCGUAAGUAACGUGAGCGAGUUUAGGCCCUGUGCUGGAGCCGCCCUUCCUGCCUCCAUCGGCCUCUACGCGGGCGCACACGUCUGGUUUUGUCGUCUCUUAUCUCUCCGGGUUUCCAUGUGCAUCACAUCUGGACUGG